UGGUCUUGAUAUCAGUCAGACACUGGGGUUCCCUGGAAGCUACUGAGAAAUGAAGGUCUUUCUGAUCGCGCUCUUGAGCCAAGCUCUGUUCUGUUCACUGGUCCUUGGCCACUAUCUGAAUGGAGAACACCACGAUCAUGAUCACGAUGAUGACCACCACACUAACAAGACAAAUCCUAUACACCAAAUAACACCAUAUAAUGCCAACUUUACAUACAAGAUCUUCUCACAUCUAGCUGCUAAAUAUCCCACCGGCAACCUCUUCUUCUCUCCGCUAAGUAUUUCCUAUGCCAUUAGUAUGCUCUCUCUUGGAGCCAAGUCUCAGACCCACAGUCAGAUUCUGGAAGGACUUGGAUUCAGCACCUCUGGUCUCCCGGCAGAAGACAUCCAUAUGGGCUUCCAUCUGCUGCUGCACGUUCUUAAUCGAUCUAACGAUGACGUCCAGCUCAGUUUGGCAAAUGCUCUAUUUGUUAACAAAGAUAUAAAGCUUCUGGAGACGUUUAGAGAUGAUGCCAGGAACUACUAUCAUUCUGAGAUAGUUCCUACAGACUUCCAGAACACAGAAGAGGCAAAAAAUCAAAUCAAUACUUAUGUGGAGAAUGCAACCAAUGGGAAAAUCAAAGACUUGCUGGACAGUGUGGAUCCAGUGACAGCUGUAGUUCUCCUAAACACGAUUUUCUUCAAGGGAACAUGGAAACACGCUUUCAAUAAGAAUCACACAAGGGAGGGAGACUUUCACGUGGAUGAGAACACCGUUGUGAAAGUGCCAAUGAUGACCCGGCAAGGGGAGUACCGUGUGGCUUUCAUACAGGAGCCAGAAUGUAAAGUGGUCGAGGUCCCAUACAAAGGAAAUACCUCUGCAAUCUUAAUAUUGCCAGAUGCUGGGAAACUGCAUAAGGUGGAACAGGCUCUCCGGAACGCGUCACUGCAGACAUGGACUAAGCUAAUGAGACCAAUGGAGAUAACCUUAUCCGUACCUAAAUUCUCAGUAUCUGCCACACUUGAUCUUAAAGAUGAGUUAAGUGAACUGGGAAUGCCGCAUGUGUUUUCUCACCAUGCAAACUUUUCUGGAAUUACAGGAGGUUCUUUGAAGGUGUCAAAGGCUGUACAUAAGGCUAUGAUGAAUAUGGAUGAGGAGGGAACAGAGGCUGCUGCUGCCACAGGUAUUGGGAUUGAAGUUACGAGUCUCACAAUGCCCAUUCAAUUUAACCGUCCUUUCCUGUGCAUUAUUGUAAAUAAAGACACUAAAACCACUUUCUUCACUGGAAGAAUCGCAGAACCAGGGAAAUGAGGUUACAUGGAACUAACAUCCACUGUUCUCAGAAUAAAGUGUUGGAUUUCA